CUACUUUAUGUGUGUGUUUAUUUUGGGCGUACUUACAACUGCGUCAACUCGGGUACGUAUUCACUAACGGCCAAUCAGAGAGUAGCGAAUCACGACUCAGCCAAUCACAGAGUAGCAAAUCACUAUUCAGCCAAUCAGAGAGUAAAUACAAGCUGCAUGAGGACAAACAGGAAGUGAAAGUGAGUCGCCUUGCGUGUCGCGCUCGUACUUGGGAAAGUUUCAAGCAGAUAUUUACGGUUGUUGACGUGACACAAUCAGCAUGUAAAGUGCUCGUCCCUCUUCUGAUUGGUCAGCAGGGGUUUAGAUUCUCUGGGUGUCAUGGCAACAGCAUCCAGCAGAUCAUGGAUGUGAGUGAUGCGUCUAACAGUGGUGUGGACCCUGCAGAUGAUCUUACAUCAUUUGAGAUUGUUAAUCUGUCCAACCCAGGACUGCUGGAUUUCAGUGAAGACAACGGACAAAUCCAGGAGUCAAAGGACAAGGCCAAACUCAAAACUAAACUCAUUUCUGCAUGGAAUAAUGUGAAAUAUGGAGGCUGGUCUUUGAAGACCAAACCACGUCUUAGUAAAAGCACUCCUUUGUAUUUGCUGGGUCAAUCCUAUCAGCUCAACUACAUCGGAGAGCGAGAGGGUUUCAGACGGGCAUUUUCAUCCUUGCUGUGGAUGACCUAUAGGAGAGGUUUUACACCCCUCGAUGGCUCCGCCCUCACAUCUGAUGCAGGAUGGGGCUGCAUGCUUCGCAGUGCACAGAUGCUGUUAGCUCAGGGACUAAUGCUACACAUGAUGCCUGCAGGUUGGACGUGGCCUGCGUCACAUCAUCGGACCAAAGAUGAUUUGGAGGUCGUGGAUCCUCACAUGCUGGACGAUUCACUCAGAGGGAAUCGCCGUGACUCAGGAAAGCCUCGCAGACGCAGUUUGGACACGACGUUGGACAGAGAGACCCACGAGGAGGAAACUCACAGGAGGCUGGUGUCCUGGUUCGGGGAUCUGCCGUCUGCCCGGUUCGGGCUGCACCGUUUGGUAGAGUUGGGCAAGGCCUCAGGAAAACGUGCUGGUGACUGGUACGGACCGUCCAUCGUGGCUUACAUACUACAGAAGGCUGUGACAGCAUCUGAGAUCUUGAAUCUGGUGGUUUAUGUAGCUCAGGACUGCACAGUGUAUGUUAGAGAUGUGUUGGAUCUGUGCGGGUCGUCUGGUGUGGAUCCUUCAUUGGGGUCCAGGUGGAAGUCUCUUAUUCUUCUGGUUCCUGUGCGUCUCGGUGGAGAUGCGUUGAACCCGUCUUACACACAAUGUGUUAAGAGAUUGCUGAUGCUCAGGUGCUGUAUUGGGAUCAUUGGAGGAAAACCAAAACACUCACUGUUUUUCGUGGGUUUCCAAAAUGAUCAGCUGAUUUAUUUAGAUCCUCAUUACUGUCAAACUGCUGUAGACGUCAAACAAGACAACUUCCCUUUAGAGUCAUUUCACUGUAAAACUGUGAGGAAGAUGCCGUUAAAUCGUAUGGACCCCUGCUGUACUCUGGGCUUUUACGCCAGGAGCAGGGAGGAUUUUCAGAGUCUUUGCUCAGAUGUCACUAUGGCUCUGACAUCAUCUGAACAGAAGUACCCCAUCUUCACGUUUGUGGAUGGUCAUGCUGAGGUUGAGGGUGGGUGUACCACUGAUUCAGUCACACAUAUAAAGACCAAAGACAAACUGAGCCGAAGACAAAAGAAAAGCAGCACAGAUGAAUUUGUGCUUUUGUGAUAUAGACUUUAUUUACUAUUUGUUACUCCAGAGAAACCUAAGUUGCAUUUGAGUCAUGUGCUCAAAAUCACAGCAGGUGCACAUCCAUAUGUCCACAGAAAAUUUUUGUAGGGUGACCUAAGCACACAUUUAGUUUAUUUACUGAGUAUCUUUGCACAUCAGAUUAUUUAAAGUAUUUUUUCUUCUGCUGUUUGUACCGGUGGUUUAGCAGAUUACCAUGAAUGUGUUCGAUGAAGAUGAUGAUGAUGAUGAUAACAUCAGACAGUGAGAAUCUGAGGGACAAAUCCAAACCUGUAUCUAGUUUGUAUUUUUUUGUGUUUAAAUAGAAAUUAAUUAAAUUAAAAUACUUUUACUUAAAA